CUGGAUUUCUGUAUAAAUUGAUGAUGCGGCUGCAGUGGUUCGUCAGUGAAGCAUUUGAUUUGGUCUAAUAAACAACAUCCGAGCAAGCAGUCGAGGAUACAGAAACACCUAGGAUUACUGUGAUAGUGCCAGUGCAAAGUGUGUGCGUGUUAGAUCGUAUCCGAGAAUCAGAGAAUCCGAGUCUCUAAGAACCCGUGACCCAAGAUCCAAGAGAACCCAAGCAACGCGUCUUUUCCGUCCACUCAACCCGUGACUAAGCAGCCAUGAAAGCCUUCAUUCUUAUGUCCUGUCUGGCCCUGGCCGCGGCCCGUCCUGAGGCCGGCUACAACUACAACCGUCCCGGAGGCGGCGGUGGCUCCGGCGGCGGCUUUGGAGGUGGCUCCAGCGGCGGCUUCGGAGGUGGCUCUAGUGGAGGAUUCGGAGGUGGCUCCAGCGGCGGUUUCGGAGGUGGCUCUAGUGGAGGAUUCGGAGGUGGCAGCGGCGGCGGAGGAGGCGGUGGCUUCGGAGGUGGAUUCGGCGGCGGCUCCGGUGGCGGAGGAGGAGGAGGCGGUGGCUUCGGAGGUGGAUUCGGCGGCAGCUCCGGUGGUGGAUUCGGAGGAGGCGGCAGCAUUGGCGGAUUCGGAGGUGGAGGCGGCGGCGGCGGUGGCACCACCUUAGUGCAGAAGCACAUCUACGUGCAUGUGCCGCCACCAGAGCAGGACGAAGUGCGUCAGCGCCCCAACCUGCCAGUUGGCCAGUCGCAGAAGCACUACAAGAUCAUCUUCAUUAAGGCCCCAUCCCCGCCCUCGUACCAGGCUCCAGUCAUCCCCCUGCAGCCCCAGAACGAGGAGAAGACCUUGGUCUAUGUGUUGGUGAAGAAGCCCGAGGACCAGCAGGACAUUGUCAUCCCCACACCGGCACCCACACAGCCCUCAAAGCCCGAGGUGUACUUCAUCAAGUACAAGACCCAGAAGGAGUCUGGCGGUAUCUCAGGUGGCAUCUCCGGUGGCAUAUCCGGCGGCGGCAGCGGUGGCUUCACUCAGUCCAACUCUGGCAGCGGCUACACCACCGGCGGCGGCGAUGGUGGCUUCACCGGCGGCGACAGCGGCUCCAUCUCGGCCCCGUCCAGCAACUACGGCCCACCCGGCAAGUCCGGCCCCUACUAAGAAUCUCUCCAUCCACCAUCCACCAUCUACCAUACGAACUUCGAACUCAACUUCGGCUCAAGCUGCUGACUAGUCCUGUCGUUGACACGCCCCCCACUCUCACACAGAAUCUCCACCACAUCGACAUCAACAUUAACCACACAUCAGCAUGACCACCAACACCACAAACACUGCGACUUGACCCGAAACGUGACGAUCUUCUACCACACAUGUGUCCCUUCUUCUGGUCCCCGACACAGCCACAUGCCCCUAAAUCGGGGCUAGUCUCCGCUCGGAUCGCUAGCCCCAACCACGCCCGCAAACGGGAUAGUGCUUUCCGCCCAUGUCUUUUGUAUAUAAUACGUUUCCAAACUCACUUUCUCUCUCCCACUAUACUACUUUCCAUCUCUUUCCAUCUGUCAGUCGCACUUCGUCCGACCAGAGUCUGAAAACACUAAACUUUGCCCUGAAAAUUCUAUUAGCUAAUAGGCGACGAGUGCGGGUUCCUUGGAUGGGAACCUCGCUUGGGCGCCCGAAAGAGCGAUGGCAGAAGAAGAUAAUAAUGAUGAUGAUAAUAAUGAUGAUGAUGAUAUAGAAGAUGAUUUAGCGGGGCUUGACACAAUGCUCCAUGCAUACACAUAAAUAUAUAUAUAUUUUAAUUAUACUAGAAUAAGUACUUUAUGCUCAAUAAAAAAAAACAACGGUGACAAAAUUACGAAAAAAAAAACCAACA